AUGGCGAUUAAAAUCAAUACCACUGUCGCCAUCAUCGGUGCUGGCCCUGUUGGCCUGUUCACUGCUUUGCUCCUGGCGCAGGCCGGGGUAAAAGUCACUGUCAUCGAGACAGGGGACAGGCUUAAUCAAUCUCCUCGAGCCGUAGCAUACUUUCCCGCGGUACUAGACGAGUUUAAAAAGGCUGGGAUUCUGCAAGAUGUCAUUGAUGAAGGAGAGAAGAAUACUGAUGGGUGCGCUUGGAGAACACAAUCAGGAAGGAUUCUUGCCGCCGUUGAUCCGCCGCCAAACAGUCCCCAUUUUGCAGUUUGCCUCUCUCAGCCAGAGUUUUGUGAAGUUCUUCACAAAAGACUCCUGGAAACGGGCAAAGCUGAAGUCUUAUUCGGCCACACCUACCAGCGCCAUGAGCAGCGGGAUGGCUCUGUUGUUUUCUGGAUCAAAAGUUCCUCCACUGAUACCGAAGUUUCUUGUCAAUCUCAAUAUCUGAUUGGAGCAGACGGCGGUCGCAGCGCGGUCAGAAAGGCUCUUGGGGUUGAGCUCAAGGGUUUUACUUGGGAGUCAUUGCAACUUGUUGCUGUCAACUUCCAGUACUCGUUAACUGAACUGGGUUGGAAAAAGGCAAACUUCAUCGUCGACCCCGUGUCUUGGGGUAUUAUAGUCAAACGGGGAAAGGGGAACAGUUGGAGGUUUGCCACAGGAGUUCCAGCACCUGACGUUGGCGGUGCAGAACUCGAUGAAGCUACUGUGAAAGUAGUGAAAGACCGACUGAUGUCUCUUCUACCUGGGGACACUAGUCAGAUUGAAUGGGAAGCUAUGGCCCCCUACAAGGUACAUCAGCGUUGCGCAACAACCUUCCGAAAAGCCAAUGUUCUUCUGGUAGGAGAUGCCGCGCAUCUGAACAGCCCUGUCGGAGGUCUUGGUUUGACCACUGGUCUCCUCGACGCCGCACACCUGGCCCAGAGUUUAAAACAGAUAUUAGUGGAAAACGCAGAUUCAAUCGUUCUCGACCAGUACGCUGAAACCAGGCGCAGCAUCUUCUUACACAGGACCAACCCAAUUUCCACAGGUAAUUUGAACAGGCUCAGGUCACAGGAUCCGAAGCAUGUACAGCAGAGAGACGAGUUUUUUUCCAAACUGAACACAUCCAAGGAUAUUGCCACCAUACUCCAAGUCGGUUUGCCAGACUUUGCACUGUCAAGUACUUCCGAGACCUCCUUUUCAACCUACGAAGAGAUAACUUGGUUCAUAUCAGUCACUAAGAUGGAUGAUUGGACUGACGAAAGGUUCACGCACGAGUACAAGGUCGUGCACGCCAACAUGACUCGUCAAGGCAAAGAACAUGGAGCACCUACGCGCCAGUACACGCAGUAUGCAAACCUUGACCAGCAUGUCCCCGGCACCAAGCGACGCGGCUGGGGUCAUGUGACUAGUCUCGUGUUCCCCAAUCUGUUUCUCGUUCAUGCCGGGCUUCAGGAUCCUGGCUAUCGUGCGACUGCCGGAGCACACAAGUUCUGUCGUCUGGACCAGCAAGGCUGCCUCGCGAGAAAGAUUUCGGAGUAUCGGAAGGAAGGCCACACUUCUAGCAAGCCGCCUGUCAGGGCUCUGCUCUUCCACGAGAGGCGCUCGGCCACCGACGAAUACUCCCAAGACUGGUUGCAAGACCGGGAUGUCAAGCUUACAGCACAAGUGGAAUCAGAUUUUAGGGCUUUGGGGUAUGUUUUGUGGCAGGAUAUAACACCAAAGAACUCUAAGACCUUGUUCCGUGACAGUCAAUUUGAAGUUGGGAGCUGGCACGAAUUCAAGGCCGUCGAGGCAUUUGAUUUCCCAGAUACGACUUCUGCGAGCGCUUUCUUGGCUGAGAACAUGGGCAGGAUCACCGAGCAUGGCAAGCAAGUACUCACAGCGGUCGUCAGCGAGCCAGACAUUGUAUUUUAG